UAACAUGAAGAUAAUUUAGAGAUAGCAUAUUAAAAAUCAAGGAAAAUGGAUUAUAAUUUAAAAGAUUGGCAACCAGUACCUUGGGAAAUGAUUAAAGUUCCAAUUCUUUGGGGAAGAAUUAAGGAUACUGGAGUUCCAGUGACUAUUUUAAAAUAAAUUGGAGAAAAGAUUAAUACUAUACCAAAUGAUUUUAAUGCUCAUCAAUAAAUAAGAAAGUUUUAUGAGGAAAGAUUGAAUUGGAUUUAAAAAGAUUAAGGAGUUGAUUUUGCAACAGCAGAAGCAUUAGCAUUUGGAACAUUAUUACAUGAAGGAUUUAAUAUUAGAUUAUCUGGAGAAGAUGUUCAAAGAGCAACAUUUUCACAUAGACAUACUGUAAUUCAUGAUUAAAAGAAUCCAAAUGGUAAUCCUUAUGUUCCUUUACAUAAAGUUAUACCAAAAGGUUAAGAGGAUAGAUUGAGUAUUUAUAAUUCACAUUUAUCUGAAUAUGGAGUAUUAGGAUUUGAAUAUGGUUAUUCUAUUACUAAUCCAAAUACUCUAGUACUUUGGGAGGCUUAAUUUGGAGAUUUCGCAAAUGGAGCAUAAAUAGUUAUUGAUAAUUAUAUUGCUAGUGCUGAAUCUAAAUGGGAUGUUGAUAGUGGAAUAGUAUUAUUAUUACCUAAUGGUAUGGAUGGAUAAGGACCAGAACAUAGCUCUGGUAGAAUUGAAAGAUUUUUAUAAUUAAGUGAUGAUGAUCCUGCAGUAUUUGAAAGAAAUCUAGGAGGUAUAUAUUUUUAUUAUCUAAAGUACGACUUAAGAGAUAAAUGAGAAAUUCUAAUAUGUAAAUUGUUUAAUGUACUACUCCUGCUAAUUAUUUUCAUUCCUUAAGAAGAUAAUUAAGAAGAGAUUUCAGAAAACCUCUUAUUGCCAUGACUUCCAAAAAACUCUUAAGAUUAUAAGCUGCAAAAUCGAAACUUAAUGAAUUCUCUGAAUAAGCCAGAUUCUCAUAAAUUUAUGAUGAUCCUUUCCCUGAAUAAAUUAAUUAACCUCAUGAAAUUUAAAGGGUCAUCUUAUGUUCAGGAUAAGUUUAUUAUGACAUUCUCAAAAAAAGAGAAGAUCUUAAAAUUAAAGUAAUCAAAUUAUUCUAUUCAGAAUACUGCCAUUGUGAGAAUUGAAUAAUUAGCUCCUUUCCCAUAUGAAUUCUUAUAAUCCGUUAUCUCUAAAUAUAACAAAGCUUAUUUUGUUUGGGUCUAAGAAGAACAUUAAAAUUAUGGUCCAUGGUCCUUUGUUAGACCAAGAAUUUAAAGUGUCAUUUCCAAAACUUAAUCCUUAAUUCAAUAAUAAGUUUAAUAUAUUGGCAGAAAACCAAGUGGAUCUCCAGCAACUGGAUUCCAUCAACUUCAUGAAAAGGAAGUUCAAUCCUAUUUAACUAAGGCUUUUGAAUUCUGAUACAUG